AUUUCUAGCUCAACCGAACUUCAAAAGCUUUCUCCUCACCACCUUAAUUUUCUAAUGAAGAUCACUGUAAAAGAAUCAACACUAGUGCUUCCGGCAGAGGAGGCGCCGCAACGAAGGCUCUGGAAUGCUAGUGCAGACCUCAUACAUCCAAAUUUGCACACAACUAGCGUGUAUUUUUACAGGCCAGAUGGAAGUGACAAUUUUUUUGAUACAAAAGUACUCAAGGAUGCAUUGAGUAGAGCUUUGGUUCCUUUUUACCCGAUUGCUGGACGAUUAAAAAGGGACGAUGGGGGUCGCAUUGAGAUUGAUUGUAACGGAGAAGGUGUGCUGUUUGUCGAGGCUGAGUCGGAUGGAGUGGUGGAUGAUUUUGGUGAUGACUUUGCGCCAACUUUGGAGUUUCGUCAACUUAUUCCAGCUGUGGACUAUUCACUUGGGAUAUCAUCCUACUCAUUGUUAGUUUUGCAGCUCACAUUUUUUAAAUGUGGUGGAGUGUCACUCGGUGUUGGUCUGCACCAUGUUGCUGCUGAUGGACCGUCUGGACUGCAUUUUAUCAGCACAUGGUCCGAUAUGGCUCGUGGUCUUGGCCUCACCCUCGCACCAUUCAUAGACCGCACCCUCCUCCGAGCCCGUGAUCCCCCACAACCCGCAUUUCCUCACAUUGAAUACCAGCCCCCUCCGCCCCUGAAAUCGGGUCCUGAUCCCACAAAUAGUAAUCCUGAAACAGCUGUUUCAAUCUUCAAAUUAACCCGAGCCCAACUCAAUGCCCUCAAAGACAAGUCCAAGGAAAAUGGCAACACAGUGGCCUAUAGCUCCUAUGAAAUACUGGCAGGACACGUGUGGAGGUCCGUGUGUAAGGCUCGUGGACUCGCUGAUGAUCAAGAAACAAGGUUUCUUAUCCCAACUGAUGGAAGGAGCAGAAUAGUCCCUCCACUCCCGCCUGGCUACUUUGGCAAUGCAAUAUUCGUUGCCCCGGUUACAGUUGCAACGGGUGAUCUCAUAUCGAAGCCAUUGUGGUAUGGGGCCAGUAGAAUUCAUGAAGCAAUUGCCCGCAUGGACAAUGAUUAUCUAAGAUCAGCUCUAGAUUACCUGGAACUUGGAGCUUCUUCUCGCCAACCAGUUGCUUCUAAGUGCGGCUUCGCACUUAAUAGUUGGGCUAGAUUUCCAAUACAUGAUACUGAUUUUGGAUGGGGAAGGCCGAUAUUUAUGGGACCUGGUAGAAUUGUGUCUGAUGGUUUAAGUUUCUUGUUGCCAAGUCCUUGUAAUGAUGGGAGCUUAUCGAUAGCCGUUAGUUUGCAAGCGGAAGAAAUGAAGCUCUUCAGCAAAUUGUUCUAUGACAUCUGAGAAGAUCUAUGAUGCUUAAGCAAAUAAAGUCGGAGAUAUUUGUAUCCACUGCAACUUCCUUUUCCCCGUUCUUUCCUUAAUUAUGUCACAUUUCUUAUCUUUUGUGAGAACUAUAGUCUAUGAAUACCUUGUAAGAAUUGUGAGAUCUUGAUGGUAUUCGACAGUACAUGGCUUUUCUGUUUUA